GCGGCGGGCUGAGAGCCGCCGCUCUGCUCCGCUCCGCUUCCCUCCGCGCCCCGCCGUGACGAGCCGUGCCCCCUGCCCUCGCCAUGCCCAGAGCCUUCCUGGUGAAGCGCCGGAGCCCGCAGCCGGCGGUGCGCAGCUGGGAUGGGCUGCCCGACGAGGAGAGAGCCGACACUUACAUCCCAGGCGGGAUCGGCUGCGUGCUGCUGGGCUACGAGGACAGCUGCAGCCUUGAGAGUAGCGGGAGCAGCGGGACCCGGGACGCAGAGCCCAGCGACUCCCCGACACCCCAGCCCGCCCCUGGCGACCUGGGCACGGCUGGGGGAAUGCUACUGGACCUGGCCGUCAAGCGGCCCGUGGUCAGGUCGAAAAUCAAGUUCACCACUGGCACCUGCAAUGAUGCUACGAUGCAUAGCUGCGAACUGUGUGGCAAAGGCUUUCGCCUGCAGCGGAUGCUCAACCGUCACAUCAAGUGUCACAGUCAGGUGAAGAGACACUUGUGCACCUUCUGUGGAAAGGGCUUCAACGACACCUUUGAUCUGAAAAGACAUGUCCGGACCCAUACAGGGAUUCGUCCUUACAAAUGUGAGGUUUGCAACAAAGCCUUCACCCAGCGCUGUUCCCUGGAGUCCCACCUGAAAAAGAUCCACGGCGUGCAGCAGCAAUAUGCUUACAAACAGAGGCGAGAUAAACUUUACGUGUGUGAAGACUGCGGCUACACAGGCCCCACGCAGGAGGACCUGUACCUGCACGUCAGCAACGUGCACCCCGGCAGUGCCUUCCUGAAAAAAACCUCCAAAAAACUGGCAGCGGUUUUGCAAAACAAACUGAGCCCUGUUCUGCAGAGGAACUCGAAAGAUGGUGACAAAGAUGAGUGAUGUGCUGGAGUACAGUGGUCUAAAGGAAUGAAGUUUACAUGUAAGACUAUAUAUAUAUAUAUAUAAAAUUUUUUAAAAACCCUACGAUUUUAAAAGAAAUCCCUGAAAUGAAGGGGAUGCUUUGGGUAAUGGGACUCUUUUGAUGUUGGUAGGACCUCAACUUGAAAGACAUAUUCCCAUUAAUGAUGCAAACACCAGACUUUUUGACUUGGUCAAAACCUGCUCCACCCCCUCGCCUCCACCCCGGGAAAACUUGGAAGAAACCGUCACCUCUUGGAUGGGCUAUUUACUGAAUUGACAUUCACACAGAAUCUCAAGGGCUGGUAGGGACCUAUCAUCUAAUUCAACCCUCCUGCCAGAGCAGAACCACCUAGAGUAGGUCACACAGGAACUCAUCCAGGUGGAUUUGGAAUGUCCCCAGAGGAGACUCCACAACCCAUCUGGGCAGCCUGUUCCAGUCAGUGCUUCCUCACCUGAACAAGGAAGAAAUUCUUCCUUUUAGUUGUUUGGAACCUCUUAUGUUCCAGCUUGUACCCGUUGCCCCUUGUCCUAUCAUUGGACAUCACUGAGAACAGCCUGGCUCCAUCCUCCUGACACCUGCCCUUUACAUAUUUGUAAACAUUCAGGCAGGCAACCUAUUUUCUGUUUCAGCUCCACCACAGGUCUGAGUGCUCCCUGACAAAUCAGUUCAACUUUCCCCCACUGUAUUUUGUAAAGAUAAUAACAUUCACCUCCCCAACAAAAGCCUUUUGAAAAGUGUGGGUGGAAAGCACCCAUGUGAGUACACUGUUCUAUGCAAAAUGAAUUAAAAUGGUCUUACAAACAGGGGUAUGUUGUAUCAGUUAAAACCCGCAAAUCACCUCAGCUCUGCCCACUGUGUAGUUGGUGGGAAAUAUGAUCUCAGGUGAGCUGAAACUAUUUUUAAAGGAUGGAGAACUUUUCUAUUUCCUCCCAAACACUGUCUGCUAACGAAUGACAUCAUUCCAGGGCAGACUUACAGUCAUGUUUUUUAGGUACUUGAAACUGUGAAGUUUUAUCAUAUUUAGAUUUAAGUGUAGCCUUAACCCUGAUGUUCCUGGCCUUGUCACGUUCACUUUGAGGAUCAUUACCACAUCCUUUUAACAUGCAUCGAUGUCAACCCAGAAACCCAAAGAAAACACUUUAAUGACUUGAAGAUAUGUAUUUUCUGUCCUGAUGAAAUGCAAUUUUGUGUGUAUUUUAUGGUGUGUGUGUGUGUUUUAUCUUUUAAAUGCCCAAGUGCCUGUUCACUAAUACAAGAGUGCAGUGCAAUGCCAUGAAAAGGGAGAUUGAGCCAGUCUUUGCCACACAAGAUCAGUGCAAAAUUGUAGGCAUGAAUCUGGCCUCUCAUCUGUCACCACUGUUGGUUCAAAAGGAUCCUCCUGAGACUCAUGCUACAAGGGAAGGAGGUGGGAUGAUGGUGAGGGACUGAUACUAUGUCUCUGUACUUUUGGACUUCCCCAACAGUCCUGCUGCAGCUCCUGUUGACCCUGGACAACCAAGAGGAUACUACCAAGUGUGAAUUUAGGGAUUUAAAAUACAGAGGAGAGAGAUGCUCAUGUAACUCCUGUUGUUGAAGCUGCCUGAUACUUUAAGACUCCAGAAGUUUCUGCAGCCUUUAUUGGGCACCUGGGUGUCUCUAUUAGGAGUGACAGGGUGGGGUGGUGACUUCCUCAGCAACCACAAGGUACUCUGGUCCAAAUGCAUGUUAUUCAUCUGUCUCUCAACUUAAUAGACACAGCUGCUAAACAGGUUUUACAUCCAUUUAAAUGCAUAAUAAUUCAUGGAUUUCAUUUGUAGAUUCCAAAAAUUAAUGUAGUCCUCCAAAUAAAGCUGUAUGUUUGGGAAAGGUAUUCUGUACCUUUCACAUUGAAAGACCAGCUGAAAAGUAACUCACCCAAAAUACAGUCAUAACCAGGGCCUUCAUAGUCAUGACUACUAAAACAAGAUUCUGAGCAUCUCUGUAAGUACGUUAAAAAUCUGGUUUGUACAGGCAUCUGCUUGAGCUUUUGUGGGAAAAAGUUUCUAGGGAUUUUAAAGCAUUUCUAAUGGUGUUAAUAUUUAAUUCAGCACAACUUUUGAUG